AGCAGCAGCUCUGCAUCGAUCACUGCUCUGCAGACUCUGAGCGGACAUGGCUGCUGCCUCUCACCGGGUGAUCGUGUACGGAGGCAGAGGCGCUCUGGGCUCCAAGUGCGUCCAGCUCUUCAAGUCCAAGGGAUGGUGGGUCGCCAGCGUGGACAUCGCUGCCAACGAGGAGGCGAAUGAAAACGUGAUCGUGAAGUUGACGGAAUGUUUCACGGAGCAGGCGGGACAGGUGACGGCAGAUGUGUCCCAGUUGUUGGGGGAACAGAAGGUCGAUGCCAUUUUAUGCGUGGCCGGCGGAUGGGCAGGAGGAAACUGUAGUUCCAAAGAUCUAUACAAGAACGUGGAUCUGAUGUGGAAACAGAGCGUGUGGACCUCCACCAUCUCCAGCCACCUGGCUGCUCUGCACCUCAAGUCCGGGGGAAUCCUGACGCUGGCUGGAGCCAAAGCCGCCCAGUCCGGCACCGGCGGCAUGAUCGGCUACGGCAUGGCCAAGGCUGCCAUCCACCAGCUGUGCCAGAGUCUUGCUGCAAAAAGCAGCGGGAUGCCGGCGGGAGCCGCAGCUGUCGCUAUACUUCCCGUUACCUUGGAUACGCCGAUGAACAGGAAGUUCAUGCCCGACGCAGACUUCGGCUCCUGGACGCCGCUGGAAUACAUCGCAGAGAUGUUCUUUAAGUGGGCCACGGGCGAGGAGCGGCCGGCUUCCGGGAGCCUCAUGCAGCUCCUGACCUCUGGAGGUGAAACCCAGGCUGUGGCUGCUCAGUAGAGGACAGAGUGGAGCCGUGGAGAUGGAGGAUGAGGAGAGGGAGGGGGA